UGACGUGUCUCUCUUGAAAAAAAAAAUUAAAUUACUUGUAUUGAUUUAUUGAAUGAGCGUAUUGAAGUUCAGUGAUUAUUGUUUUGGAAAAACUUAAAACAAAAAUGACAGUCUGUAUGAAGCACAAACCCGUCAAAAAGCUAAUAAUGCCUACAAAGCGAAAUUUGAACCAAACCAUGUAUACUGGCACCAACGACUUUAACCGUAUGUUGGUGGCCUAUCACCACAUGAUGGAACAACAGAGGAAUAGCGAAGGUGAAGUGCCUGGAACUCAGAACUUCAAGCAAUUGGCGAAGGAAUGGAUUGAACAUGAUGGUGAAAUUGCUUCGUCCUCAACAUCCCCUUAUCCACCGCGGCAAGCAUUCUGCAUGGCUACUUAUAACAAUCAUCUAAUUGUCGAAGAAAAAGUCAAACAUCUUGUCACAGCAUUCGACAAUAUUGUGCUGCAGCAAUAUAACGCGCCGAAGCAGUAG